CCCUUUGCUCCCGGGCAUGUCGACCAUCAUGAUCCAUGACCUGUGCCUUGCCUUCCCAGCCCCGGCAAAGGCUGACGUGUACGUCUCAGACAUUCAGGAGCUCUAUGUCCGUGUGGUUGAUAAGGUGGAGAUUGGGAAGAUGGUCAAGGCAUAUGUCCGCGUGCUGGACUUUCACAAGAAGCCUUUUCUGGCCAAAUACUUUGCCUUCAUGGACCUGAAGCUCCGGGCGGCUUCUCAGAUCAUCACGUUGGUGGCCCUCGACGAAGCCUUUGACAACUACACCGCCACGUUUCGCGUCCAUGGUGUGGCCAUUGGCCAGACCAGUCUCACUGCAACGGUGACUAAUAAAGCUGGACAGCGAAUCAACUCGGCCCCACAGCAGAUUGAGGUCUUUCCCCCAUUUAGGUUGAUACCCAGGAAGGUGACACUGAUCAUCGGAGCCAUGAUGCAGAUCACCUCGGAGGGCGGCCCGCAGCCCCAGUCCAAUAUCCUCUUCUCCAUCAGCAACGAGAGCGUUGCUGUGGUGAACAGCGCGGGGCUGGUGCAGGGGCUGGCCGUCGGCAACGGCACGGUGUCUGGGGUCGUACGGGCUGUGGACGCUGAGACUGGCAAGCUCGUCAUCGUGUCUCAGGACCUCGUGGAGGUGGAGGUGCUGCUUCUCCAGGCCGUGAGGAUCCGCGCCCCCAUCACUCGCAUGAGGACGGGGACCCAGGGCCUCGGGGCCAUUUCUGCUGAGGAGGAGACCUGUCUUGCGUAUGAGCUCCUCAAGACCAUCAGUGAGGGCAGCUUCACCACCAUGAAGUUGGCCCAGCACAUCCCGACCAGGGCAAAGGUGACCAUGAAGGUCAUCGAGAUCACCCAGCAGAACGCUACCGGCCUCCAGGGACUUUUUUGUGAAGCCCAAAAUAUGAAGGCCUUGAACUCCCCGAAUAUUGUAAAGUCAUGUGAGGUGAUCCACACUGAGAAAACCUUAUUCCUCGUUUGA